ACUUACAGGAAGUAGAAGCUGGACUAGAGACCACAAAAAAUAUUGUGCUUGGUUAUUAACUGAAUAUAAAACAACAUGUUUGUAAACCACCAGUGGAGCUAGAAAGAAACGAAACAGAAUUUAAAACUGCUCAGUUUAUGGCACUUCUCAAAAGCUGCUGAUCAAGUCUGUUUUCAUGGACAGUACCAAAAGAGGAGGAAAGAGAGGAGGAAAAGGACAUCGUAGUGCGGAGCAGGACAGAGAUGUUCGCCUGUCUAAAUCCAUGACUUAUGUUCUACGUCAUGGAGCCAGGAACAUGGGCCUUCACAUGGGCACAGAUGGCUUCCUGUUUUUGGAGGAUCUCCUGGCUCACUCACAGUUCCGCUCAUACACAAUAGAAGAUGUCAAGAGAGUGGUAGCUACGAACGAUAAGCAGCGUUUUAAGCUGCUCUCCCACCCAGAGAAUGGCCGACUGCAGAUUCGGGCCAAUCAGGGUCAUUCAGUACAGGUUACAGAUCUGGAGCUGAAACCAGUUCUGGCUGGUUCCCCAGACUGCCCUGUUGAGGCUGUCCAUGGCUCCUACCUCCACAACUGGAGCGCCAUAAAACAGCAAGGCCUGAGCCGCAUGAGCAGGACUCACAUUCACCUGGCGCCCGGGCUGCCAGGAGAGGAGGGUGUUAUAAGCGGCAUGAGGGGAAAUUGUGAUCUCGCUGUGUUUAUUGAUGUCUCCAAAGCCCUUGCUGAUGGAAUUGAGUUUUUCUGGUCAGAGAAUGGCGUGCUGCUGACUGCAGGCAAUGCUGAGGGUAAACUUCUCCCUAAAUACUUCACCCAGGCUGUAAGACUGAAGCCUACAAGAUGCCUCCUGCCACUGGAGUAACAACAGCUGAGACCGCUGAGCUGUCAAUCUGACUCAUCUAACUAUGUCACACGUUUGCUUAUUGUUUACUUCACGGUUUCCUUGGAAACAACUGGACUGUUCUUGUUUUCCUUGAAGGCGUUCCGCCUCUCAUCCAAGAAGAUUCUUUAGUUCUGAAACUUGGGUUGGAAGUAGAAGGUUUAUAAGGUGUGGUCUGGUGAGGCUGUUAUUACUAAUGAGGCCUUUAAAGAGCAAGUCACCCCCUACAAGAAACUUACUUCACUCCCUCUUCAUGUUUGAAAAAUGCAACAAAUGCUGUUGCCUAGCAGACAGAGAGGGCGGAGCCGCUAACAAAUACACACACACACAGGCUCACAACGGCAUUGUGACAUCAUAAGGACCAGUUGACAUCAUAGCAUACCUCUUAGCCAAUAGCGGUGGCAGAUUUAAAUUCUAAUGCAUUGCAGAGUUUUUCCCUGACAACGGCACAACACUGACAGUUUUAGGCAGAAAAUUACAAUUUUAACUAAAAUGCACUCAAGUACAAAACUAUUAACUACACGUGUCUGCAGCACGAUUAGACACACAUUUUUGUAUAGUUUAUCAGAAAAAAACGUUGAUUUGGGGGUGACUUGCUCUUUAAGGUCCCAUGAGUCUUUGGCCCCUCCCCCUUUCAGCUCCCUGCUUGUGUUGUUAGUGCUGACGAUCCUAACAGGUCCUCAACAAGUGACCUGUUGAAACAACGUGAAUAACACUGGAAAGGCCUGUUCAGAAGUCCUUUUUGGAACUAGUCUGAAUUAAAUUGUUUAUUUAAGACAGUAAAGAAAAAGGCAAAUGUAACCACUGUCAUAAUAAUACUCAUGACAACCCUGUAGCCCUUUUUAAAUAAAGAAAUAGUGAGGUCUUGAUUUCCAUUAGCCUUGUCAGUGCUAAAUAAAUGCUAUUAGACCUAAAAUACAAAGAUGUUUUACCAAGAGGACACAAGACACGAUUCUCUCUGGUUAAUCCCUUGACUUGGCCUGGGAAAAAAAGAGGAUGCAGAUGCUGUGGUUUAACAGACAGCCCUAACAGUCAAGAGAUACG